GUGACGUGAUGACGUGUAACCAGCAUGGCGGCGCUGAACUGAGGCUGACUCUCUAACCGGACUGUCACCGAGAGCCUGGCUUUCCUUAGCUUCCCCCGUCACCUGCCUGUUAGCAGGGCCAGGCCGAGGAUGACGGCCUGAGAGAGGAGCGACACCCAGACCGAGAGAUGCAGCAGAGACCACAGAGGCCCCCCCAAACACAGCUGAACCUGCAGUCCAAGGCGGAGAACACCAGAACCAAGAGCAUGUUUCUGUCCAGGGCGCUGGAGAAGAUCCUGUCCGACAAGGAGGUGAAGAGGAGCCAGCACAACCAGCUCAGGAAGGCCUGUCAGGUGGCGCUCGAUGAGAUCAAGGCCGAGCUUGAGAAACAAAAGGAUGGCACGGUGGUUGCACCCAGAGCCAACUACAUCGAGGCUGAUAAAUACGUGCUGCCUUUCGAGCUGGCCUGUCAGUCAAAAUCCCCCCGGAUAGUGAGCACAUCUCUGGACUGUCUGCAGAAGCUGAUCGCGUAUGGCCACAUCACAGGCAAUGCCCCCGACAGCCGAACACCGGGUAAGAGGCUGAUCGACCGGCUGGUGGAAACCAUCUGCAACUGCUUCCAGGGUCCACAGACUGACGAGGGAGUCCAGCUACAGAUCAUCAAGGCCCUGCUGACGGCGGUGACCUCCCCGCACAUAGAGAUCCAUGAAGGCACCGUGCUGCUCACCGUCAGGACCUGCUACAACAUCUACCUGGCCAGCCGCAACCUCAUCAACCAGACCACUGCCAAGGCCACACUCACACAGAUGCUCAAUGUCAUCUUUACGCGCAUGGAAAACCAGGCUGCUCUGGAGGCUCAAGAGCAGGAGAAGGACCGACUCCGUCUACCACAGCAAAACCCAUCCCCAGUCCCAGGUAGUAGGAGAUCUGGCUCUCCACGUUCCGACCGGACGCCGACUCCAGAGCUUCAGAAUUCCCCGUCACCAGCAGCCAGUUCUCCCGACCUCACGAACACCAACAACAGUAGCUCCACGCCCCCUCCACCUGUCUCCGACCUGCACCUGGAACAAGCACCCGACACACCGUCAGUCAAUGGAGAACAGAAGGAAGGCAGCGCUCCAGUGAAUGGAGAAUCAGAGCAGGUCACACCGUCAAGUGCAGAUUCAGUGUUUGAAGAUGAAGCAGCAGAGACGCUUCCUGAAGCCGAACAGCCAGCUGAGGAAGGGGACAAACCAGAGAGCAGUCCCAAUCAGACAGAAUCAACAGUGACAGAGGGAGAGGAGAGAGAGCUGCAGACAGAGCAAACAAACAGUGGGACAGGUGACAAUCCAGCUCAUCCUCUCCCUGAGCAGACCGAGUUGUCUGCCCCCAAAGCCAGAGGAGAGCAGAUGAACGGCAUCAUUGAGGACCGCUCUUCUGUUUCCUCCACGGACAUGCUGGAUGCUGAGACUCUUCAGGGAUCCUACAACGCCGCCCGCUUCUCUCACAUCCUGCAGAAAGAUGCUUUCCUGGUGUUCCGCUCUCUCUGCAAACUCUCCAUGAAGCCUCUGGCUGACGGACCUCCAGAUCCAAAGUCCCAUGAAUUGCGGUCCAAAAUAGUCUCCUUGCAGCUGCUGCUCUCCGUGCUGCAGGGCGCGGGGCCGGUGUUUCGCACUCAUGAGAUGUUUGUCAACGCCAUCAAACAGUAUCUGUGUGUGGCGCUGUCCAAAAACGGCGUCUCCUCUGUGCCUGAGGUCUUUGAGCUCUCACUGGCUAUCUUCCUCACCCUGCUGUCCCACUUCAAGGUCCACCUGAAGAUGCAGAUAGAGGUCUUCUUCAGGGAGAUCUUUCUGACCAUCCUGGAGACAUCAACCAGCUCCUUUGAGCACAAGUGGAUGGUGAUCCAGACACUGACACGCAUCUGUGCAGAUGCCCAGUGUGUGGUCGACAUCUACGUGAACUAUGACUGUGACUUGAACGCAGCCAACAUCUUUGAGCGCCUCGUCAGCGACCUGUCGAAGAUCGCUCAGGGCAGAAGUGGGCAGGAGCUCGGGAUGACUCCUUUGCAGGAGUUGAGCCUGCGUAAAAAGGGAUUGGAGUGUCUGGUGUCCAUCCUGAAAUGUAUGGUGGAGUGGAGCAAAGACAUGUACGUCAAUCCAAACCUCCAAGCUAACCUGGGCCAAGAGCACCCGUCUGACAGCGAGGCAGGAGAACUGAAGCUCCCAGAGCCGACAGGACGUCGAGACAGCAUCAGCUCGCUCGACUCCACCGUCUCCUCCAGUGUCCAAGCAUCGCAGGCGGACCACCCGGAGCAGUACGAGGUCAUCAAGCAGCAGAAGGACAUCAUCGAGCACGGCAUUGAACUCUUCAACAAGAAACCAAAGCGAGGGGUCCAGUACCUGCAGGACCAGGGCAUGCUGGGGACAUCAGCUGAGGAGAUCUCCCAGUUCCUCCACCAGGAGGACAGACUGGACACGACCCAGGUGGGAGAGUUCCUGGGCGAGAACAUAAAGUUCAACAAAGAGGUGAUGUACUGCUACGUGGACCAGUUGGACUUCUGUGGGCGGGACUUUGUGUCAGCACUCAGAGCUUUCCUAGAGGGUUUCAGACUUCCUGGUGAGGCGCAGAAGAUCGACAGGCUGAUGGAGAAGUUUGCCGCCCGAUACCUCGAGUGCAACCAGGGACAGACUCUGUUUGCCAGCGCAGACACCGCCUACGUGCUGGCGUACUCCAUCAUCAUGCUCACCACUGACCUGCACAGUCCUCAGGUGAAGAACAAGAUGACGAAGGAGCAGUACAUCAAGAUGAAUCGUGGGAUCAACGACAGCAAGGACCUGCCUGAGGAGUAUCUGUCCUCCAUAUACGAUGAGAUCGCAGGCAAGAAGAUCGCCAUGAAGGAGAGCAAAGAGUUCUCAAUCACCCCAAAGUCCACCAAGCAGAAUGUAGCCAGCGAGAAGCAGCGUCGUCUGCUCUACAACAUGGAGAUGGAGCAGAUGGCAAAGACUGCUAAAGCUUUAAUGGAGGCUGUGAGCCACGCACAGGCGCCCUUCUUUAGUGCCACACACCUAGAGCACGUCAGGCCCAUGUUCAAGCUGGCUUGGACCCCAUUGUUGGCAGCAUUCAGUGUGGGACUGCAGGACUGCGACGACCCCGAGGUGGCCUCUCUUUGUCUGGAGGGCAUCCGGUGUGCCAUCAGGAUCGCCUGCAUCUUCAGCAUGCAGCUGGAGCGAGAUGCGUACGUCCAAGCCUUGGCCAGGUUCACUCUGCUGACGGCCAGCUCCAGCAUCACAGAGAUGAAGCAGAAGAACAUCGACACCAUCAAGACCCUGAUCACUGUGGCUCACACUGACGGGAACUAUCUUGGCAACUCCUGGCACGAGAUCUUGAGGUGCAUCAGUCAGCUGGAGCUCGCUCAGUUGAUCGGCACCGGGGUGAAGACGCGCUACAUCUCAGGGGUCGUCCGGGAGCAGGGGACGGGCAUCAAGGGGUUACCCUCCAGCACCGAUGAGUUCAUGCCCCUGGGCCUGAGUAACCUGGUUGGAAGUCAGGACAAGAGGCAGAUGGCUCACAUCCAGGAGUCUGUAGGAGAGACCAGCUCUCAGAGUGUGGUGGUAGCUGUGGACAGGAUCUUUACUGGUUCAACCAGACUAGAUGGAAAUGCGAUUGUUGACUUUGUGCGAUGGCUCUGUGCGGUGUCCAUGGAUGAGCUGGCCUCGGCACACCAGCCCAGGAUGUUCAGCUUGCAAAAGAUAGUGGAGAUCUCGUACUACAACAUGAACCGCAUCAGGCUGCAGUGGUCUCGAAUUUGGCAGGUCAUAGGAGAUCACUUCAACAAGGUGGGCUGUAAUCCAAAUGAAGAUGUCGCCAUAUUCGCUGUGGAUUCACUGAGGCAGCUCUCCAUGAAGUUUUUGGAGAAAGGAGAGCUGGCCAACUUCCGCUUCCAGAAAGACUUCCUCCGGCCCUUUGAGCACAUCAUGAAGAAAAACAGGUCCCCCACUAUCAGAGACAUGGUGAUCAGGUGUGUCGCUCAGAUGGUGAACUCGCAGGCGGCCAACAUUCGUUCUGGUUGGAAGAACAUUUUCUCAGUGUUCCACCAGGCGGCCUCAGACCAUGAUGAGACCAUAGUGGAGCUGGCCUUCCAGACCACCGGACACAUUGUCUUGAACACCUUCCAGCAGCACUUUGCAGCAGCCAUUGAUUCAUUCCAGGAUGCGGUGAAGUGCCUCUCAGAGUUCGUGUGCAACGCAGCUUUCCCUGACACCAGCAUGGAGGCCAUCAGACUCAUCCGGCACUGUGCUAAAUACGUCUCAGAGAGGCCACAGACCCUGAGGGAAUACACCAGUGAUGACAUGAAUGUCGCCCCUGGUGAUCGUGUCUGGGUUCGUGGUUGGUUUCCCAUUUUGUUCGAGCUCUCCUGCAUCAUCAACCGAUGCAAGCUGGAUGUCCGGACCAGAGGUCUUACAGUCAUGUUUGAGAUCAUGAAGAGUUACGGUCACACAUUCGAGAAACACUGGUGGCACGACCUCUUCAGAAUCGUCUUCAGGAUCUUUGACAACAUGAAGCUCCCUGAGCAGCAGACAGAGAAAACCGAGUGGAUGACAACGACGUGUAACCACGCGCUGUACGCCAUCUGUGAUGUGUUCACCCAGUUUUAUGAGCCCCUCAGUGAAAUCCUGCUGGCGGACAUUUUCACACAGCUGCAGUGGUGUGUCAGGCAAGAUAAUGAGCAGCUGGCUCGGUCGGGGACUAACUGUCUGGAGAAUCUGGUGAUUCUGAACGGGGAGAAGUUCAGCCCCGAGGUCUGGAAGAUCACCUCCUCCUGUAUGCUGGAGAUCUUCCAAAACACCAGCCCGCACGCUUUGUUGACUUGGAGACCAGCUGGACAAGAGGAGGAAGCAGCAGAUGGGAAGCAUUAUGACGCUGACUUUGACUGUCAGUCUCAGAGCAGCUAUGACAGAGCUCUGUCUGAAAGAGGGCACAGCCAGAUCUCCAGCGAUGACACAUGGAAGGGAAAGUCCAGUACCAGAGUUACAGACCAGAAGCUGUUUGCAGGCCUGCUGAUUAAAUGUGUGGUCCAGCUUGAACUCAUCCAGACCAUAGAUAAUAUCGUAUUCUACCCAGCAACCAGUAAGAAGGAGGAUGCUGAGAACAUGGCUGCUGCACAGCGAGAUGCUCUUGAAGAAUCAGAGACUGAUGGAGGAGAUCCGGGGGCAGAUCAGGGAAUGUACAGACACAUGACUUCAGCGCACCUCUUCAAGCUGCUGGACUGUCUGCUGGAGUCGCACACCUUCGCCAAGGACUUCAACUCCAACAAUGAGCAGAGGACAGCACUCUGGAGGGCAGGCUUUAAAGGGAAAUCCAAACCUAACUUACUGAAGCAGGAGACCAGCAGUCUGGCCUGCAGCCUGAGGAUCCUGUUCAGGAUGUACUCUGACCUUCAGCUGCAGGACUCAUGGCCGGACAUCCAGACACGCCUGCUGCUGGUGUGCAGUGAAGCUCUGGCCUACUUCAUCAGUCUGACCUCAGAGAGCCACAGAGAGGCCUGGAACAGCCUGCUGAUGCUGCUGCUCACCAGGACACUAAGGCUGCCCGAUGACAAGUUCAAGCCCCAUGCGUCCUGCUACUACCCGCACCUGUGUGAGAUGAUGCAGUUCGACCUGAUCCCAGAGCUGCGGGCCAUCCUCAGGCGCUUCUUCCUGCGCAUCGGCUCGGUCUUCCACAUCGCUGCUCCGGAGGGGUCACAGGUCCAGACUCCUGCAUCGUAGAGCGGGCGGGUGGGUGCAGGAUCAGGUGGGGGACGGACAGACAGACGGACGGGUGGAGAAAUUGAGAUGACAUUGAUGUGUUGAUCACAAGUGGACACUAGAGACUCCCCCCCCCCCCUCCUCUGUUUGACUGUAACAGAACACAGCGGGGCUCUACAAUGAAGAAGAUUAAGACUGUAGCGUUUCUGUCUCCCUUCAGGACUCAUGAAAGUGUUCAGCUUUUCUCCUGCGCUCAGCUCGUAGAGAGGUCUUCAUCCCGUCCUUCCUCCUCUCUCUCCCUCUGGGAUGAACAGCACUGUGACCAGCCCUCUCUGCUGACUGUAGUCUCUCCCCUCUGACUCUCAUCUCAAACUGAAAUCACUAAAAGAGAACUGUAAACAUUUAAUUUAUUGAGAAUGUUGCGAGCCCUGUACCUGUCAUUUUUUUGGUUUGGUUUUUCUGUUUGUUUCUUUUUAAUGAUAAAAGUAUAACCACACGCUGAAAGUCAAAGGACAAUAUUAAUGAAUUUGGUGAAGCCCACAUUUGCCCUUGUGAAAUCUCUUUGGCCGCCUGUGCCUGUCAGAAAAUGACACUAUCAGUGUCGCUCUUAUUGUGAGUUUGUUGAUCUAAUCAAAACAUAUUGUAACAUCUGAAGCCUCAUGUAUCAUCCUAGCCCGAAGCAAAGCCACUUUAACGCUCUCUCAUGUCUUUGUUAUCAGGGAGCGGGUCAUCGUUAGAGAUUCAACUGCAGGAAACAAUCUGCAUCUCUCCACAUUAUCAAAGACUUAAUGUGAGUGUGUCGUCUUUAUUCCAGGUUUACAUUUAAAGGCUAUUCUUAAGGUGUUAUUUCUGCAUUCCCCGGCGUGUUGACCUGCUCAGCCUUACUCUGAAGGACUUCACAUGGAGUCAACUUCUCCUGGCAUUAGUAACAUAGCUGGCUCUAAACAACCUCCACUAAUCCAACGUGUGGCCCCAUAAUGUGACAUUGUGAGUUCCUUGUUUCCAGCUGUUUUGCACAUCACAUGUAUUAACACCGCCCCAGUGUACAGACCUGCUGCUAAAGGUCUGAACCCCCAUCCGUGUUGACAUAUUCAGCAGGAGAGUUUUAUCAAGAAGCGAAACCAAACGGUGCAUCAACAGAAAGACUGGACUCUCUGCGUCCAGGGUCCUCAGCAGUCUGUUCCAUCAUUUUUUUUUUUAAAAGAAGGAUGUAUGUAAUUAUUUACAGCGCGUUUAAGUAUUUUUUGAGAAGCAUUCCUUUCCCCCCCUCCGCAACUAUGGAUGUCUACUUUUCUUUCCUCAAGCUGGGGAAUAUAUAAAUAUAUAUAUAAAUAUAUAUAUAUGACAAAAUGACGACUGUAAAGUUUUCAAUGUAAGAUACCUAAAUAUAUGCUAUACUGUACUGUUCUAUACAUAAUAUUGUGAUGUAAUCUUCUGAGCAUUUGGUGAAGUGUCAAUAAACCUUAAUUCUGAUCCAC